CUGGCAAUGCGACCAAGAUGGCGGCCUCCUUGUGUCAGUGUUACCAGCGUUUUGUCAGGCAGAGUUUAGCGCUGUUGGCCUCACGCCCCAAAUUGUCCAUAUACAACAGAUCUCACGCACACAGGAUAUGUGGCUCAAUCACAAGUUCUUCGCAGGUGCGGUAUUCAUCAGGAGGCAGUGGGCGAAGGGGAUUCCUGGGGGAGUUUUUAGAGAGCGUGAAGCAGGAGUUGAGCAAGAACAAAGAGAUGAAGGAGAACAUCAAAAAAUUCCGCGAGGAAGCCAAAAAGCUGGAGGAAUCGGAGGCCCUCAAGCAAGCAAGGAGGAAAUAUAAAACUAUAGAGUCUGAAACAGUGAAGACAUCUGAGGUCCUGAAGAAGACGUUGGGUACGUUAUCAGACACGGUGAAGGAGGGCUUGGAAGAGGUCAGCCGCACGGACAUUGGAAAGAGGAUAAAAGAGGGGAUGGAGGAGGCGGCGAAGACCGCCAAGCAGUCGGCAGAGAAUGUCUCCAAGAGCAGGGAGAACCUGGGCAAGACCGGAGCCUUCCGGGCAAUCUCGCAGGGUAUGCAGAGCGUGAAGAAGGAGAUCGGCGAUAUUGGCCACAGUGGGGCUUACAGACCCCCGACUAGACUAAGGAAGAGAAGUGACUUCUCAUCCAAAGCAUCAGGGACCGACGCCAAGGUCUUUGACGCCAAUGAAGAGGCAGUGGGUGUUGUUCUUCACAAGGACUCAAAGUGGUACCAGCAGUGGAAGGAAUUUAAAGACAACAACGUAGUUUUUAACAGAUUCUUCGAAAUGAAGAUGAAGUAUGACGAGAGUGACAACGCCUUCAUCAGAGCGUCCCGCGCCGUCACGGACAAGAUGACGGACCUCAUCGGUGGGUUGUUUUCCAAGACGGAGAUGUCUGAAGUCCUCACCGAGAUCCUGAAGGUGGACCCCAGUUUUGAUAAGGACUCUUUCCUCAAGCAGUGCGAGAGAGACAUCAUCCCCAACAUCUUAGAAGCCAUGAUUCAAGGCGAGCUUGAAGUUCUGAAGGACUGGUGCUAUGAAGCUACCUACAGUCAACUGGCACAUCCAAUCCAGCAAGCCAAAGCAAUGGGACUACAGUUCCACUCAAAGAUUCUUGACAUUGACAACAUAGAUCUGGCCAUGGGGAAGAUGAUGGAACAGGGCCCUGUUCUCAUCAUCACCUUCCAAGCCCAGCUGGUGAUGGUCAUCCGGAACCCAAAGGGUGAAGUAGUGGAGGGCGACCCGGAGAAGGUCCUCAGGAUGAUGUACGUGUGGGCUUUGUGCCGGGACCAAGAGGAGUUCAAUUCCCAUGCAGCCUGGAGACUACUGGACAUCUCAGCCUCUAGUACAGAGCAGAUCCUCUGAGAACUUCUAACACACGCACCCCCCCCCCCCCACCUCUCUGUCUCUCUCUCUCACACACACACACACACUCGGGGCUUAGAAAGGAGGGAAGCAGCAGCACACACACACACACAGCUCUGGCUGGGGCCACGUUAUCGGGGCUUCCUAGCCGCCCGGCCCAGCCCGGCCCUAACCACGAGCUGGUGUUGUGUGGAGCUCUCCCCAGAAGCCUGUCUGGACUAUGGGACUUGACUGGCCAUCCUGAACACAGGUGCCGCCCGCCGACCUGUUCUGUCAUUGGAUUGAUAGUAACGUCGCGCGUCUGGAUGUACACAUGGCUCUCGGCCAAUUGUCUCGAUUGUUCGCUCCCUGCCGGCCUGAAAUAGUGACUGAGAAACUCCGCCUGUGUGUUUGGUUCCGCUACUCAGUAGGGACUCAAAUAAAUGGUAAAUCGGUGCCAUUUAUACCCACUGAGAAGUCUAAUGGUUCAGCCAGAUCUGCCGGCUUUUGCAUCCAAAGUGGCCACGAUACUAUUUUUUUGCCCAAACUAUCUCUUUAAAGACAUUUCAAAUAGUUGACAUCUGUAUAAAGUCACCAACCCUGUCUGAAAUUAAAAACAUUCUUGAACUCAUACUGGAUAUGCCAAGACAUAAGAAACCUUAUGUCAAACUUCUAAUCAUAUUUAAAAUGUACCCAGAUUUGGGCAGAGAGUCUUGUUUCACUUGGUCAUGCAGUAACUGCAUGUGGUUCCCUACAGUUUAUGAUAGCCAUGUGAACUUGCACACCCUUCUAAUUAGAAAUAAAACGUUAUGUGGA